UUCCAAAAAACAAAUCAGAAAAAUCCAAAGUGUUUAACUAAUACAAUCAACUCAUCGAACUGCUCAAAAUGAAAUCAAUCUUAUUCGUUGCUUGUGCUUCACUUUUAAUUGCUUCUGCAAUCGGUGUAACAAUCAAAGGUGACUCUUGUCCUACUCCAGCAGUUCCUGAAGGAAUCAGUUACUGGUACUUUAGCUAUUUCACCAAAAUCCAAGGUUGGUAUGAAAUUGGUCGAACUGAUGAGACUAAACCACACACUACCCGAAACACCAUUGAAAUCGGUCACUUUUACCCAGGAAAAGUUUACAUCUUGACCAAGGGUCAAUCUAAAGACUUUGAGGAGUUAUCACAGUGGGAUCAAAAGGUUGACUUGAUUGUCGGUAAUUUCUCUGGUGGAUCUUACUAUGAUGUAAUUGAAGAUGAUGAACCAGUUUCAUUCAACAUUAACCAAGAUGGUAAACUAGCCACUUUCUGGAUGCCCUACUACUCCGAUGACCGAACCGCUGUCUUGGCCAGUUGUGCAUCAAAUGGUGACGGAACUCUUGAUGUUAAAGCUUGGUAUGUUUCUCGAGCUAAAUUAUUCAAGAUUCCAAGUGAAAUCCAAGAAAUUGCCAAAUCAUUGACUGGUAAAAAUCUUUCUCUAACUUGCCAAGGAGAUUUCUGUUAAUUAAUGAACGCUGGUAUUUAAUAGAUCAGAAUUUAUUGUUUAAUUGUGAAUAAUAAUAAACUUUAAUUCAGCAUUGAUUGAAAAAAAA